UUCCCUUCCUUGCUUACUACAUUUACUUUUUCUUUCGUAUACCACUAAUUAUUUCUCUCUCUCUCUCUCUCUUAGUAUUUCUAAUGUCCUCCUAUCAUCUCCUUGUUCUCGUCCACGGAAUGUGGGGAAAUCCUUCUCACAUGGCUGAGAUGAAGCGUAUCAUGCUGGAAACACACGCGCAGCCCAGUUCCGACGGCAUUAAAAUGCGACUCCUGGUGGCGGAAACCAACAAAGAAGCAUCUACAUACGACGGGAUAGACUGGGGAGGUGAAAGGGUAGCUCAAGAGGUGUUGGACGAAGUAGAGAAGUUACAACAGGACGGAGAUAAAGUCGUCAGAUUUUCCAUCACAGGCUACAGUCUUGGAGGCCUUGUUUCGCGCUAUGUUGUUGGCAUCCUUAACCGACGAGGUUUCUUCGAAGAUGUCACACCUCUCAACUUCAAUACAGUUGCAACUCCUCAUGUCGGGCUUCCUACAUAUCCAUCAUUUGUGUCGAGUUUAUUCUCUACACUUGGACCCAAACUUCUUUCGCGAACAGGAGAGCAAUUUUAUUGCGUAGAUAAAUGGUCGAGUACAGGUCGUCCACUGUUAGACAUCAUGGCAGAUCCAGAUCAAAUUUUUUAUAAAAGUCUAGCUGCCUUUAAAACAAUUAGAAUAUACGCAAACUCAGUAAAUGAUCGUACUGUACCAUAUGUGACCGCAGCCAUAGAAUUAGAGGAUAACUUUUUGGACCACGCAACCAACGGAAUUGAAAUCGAGUUGCAUGAAGAAUAUAACCCUAUAAUCAAAUCAUACAGUCUUCCUGCCAUAUCUCCUGCCCCGACGCCAAAACCUGCUAUACUUUCCAGACAAGCGAACAUAUCUACCACCAUUUCUGCAGUUCCGCUUCCCUUUAACCUGGUAUUCUACGCGCUGCUUCCUGUCUUGAUACCUAUCGGCGCAUCUCUAAUCAUCGUUCGUCUGUCUCUUGCAUCACGAUCCUCCCGAGCCCGAAUCAGACUCCUGGAAAAAGAGAACGAAUCCAACGGCGAGCGUCUAAUUCAUCUGUUGUCCGAUCUUGAGCGACAAGUAGAGGACGCUGUCGUCGACAUCAUUGACGACCCUGGCAUCACGUCCUCAUCCAAGAAUGUUCUUCCCGAGAAAGACAAACGCAAGAUGAAGGAGGAUAGUACUGCUUCGGAGCUCAAGGCUAUCUUAACACCGCUACAACAGAAACUUGUGCGCGCAUUGAAUACUCUGCUGAUCAAGAAGGAGCUCGUGUAUCUUGACAUUGGCCAUAACUCGCAUGCUACCAUUAUUUCACGGGAUGUCAAGCGUUUCGAGAUGCAUCGUCUGGGGUGGGGAGUCAUCAAGCACUGGGCGGAUUCUUUUGUUCUUUAGUCAUGGAACCGUUGAUACCUUACUUAUCUUAUGCACUCAUGGAUGGAUGGAUGUACGUAUGUACCUGCACAUAGACUCUUCGAACUCUUAUUCUAUAAGGCUCUUCAGUAAACAGGCCUUCUUAACAAUAGGGACUUUGCUCGCAUAAUAAGUUUCACUGCACUUCUGUCGGAUGCGCCAAGUCAAGUCAUUGACUGCCAGCACCACGAUACUAUAAUCCAAAGGGAAGGAUGGACUGAAUAAGUACCAGGGGCAAAA